UUUUGGUGUUCUCGCGUCAGUACGACGCUUGAAGGUUUGUCCACUGUUCUUAGCCUGGAAGCAGUACGUUGGUGGGUUUAAGCGCUUCCAGCAUAUUGUGCGCACAUGGAGUUGAAUGAAUGCAGUAGCCAACAAUCUACAUUUUUGGACAGUAUACUUCAAAUAUCAACACAUUCUCAUGAGCUAAGCUCAUGUUUUCAUUUCCAUAACUUGGAAAGACCAAAUGAUUUGAAAAGAAAUCCUAAGAAAGAGCACUCAUUACAUACAAGUUGGUGUGAGACUCCUAAACUCACCAGAAAGGAUGCUUCACUGCGCAGGCGUCUUCUUAUUUCCAGAUCAGCCACAGAUGGAAAAAUUAGUAGCUUUAAAACACCAGGCCACAGGGACCUUUACACAGAAGGCCAUUUUGACAAUGGGAGCUUUGAAUCUCCAGACAACAAUCUGUCAGGGCCUCUGUCCUACAGCACUUUAAAGACUGAGGACAUGGUUCUGUCAUGGCGGAAACGACGUCUCCUGUUUUCACAAGCAAUAACCUCAACUCUUGAGGAUGGGAAAAACGGAGUGCCCAGCCCUCCACAGGAUGGUAGCUCUCUCUCUGUACCAGAGCUAGAUGAAAGCAUUAUAUCAGGUUUGAUCAUUUCUGAGAUGCCUGUGACACCCCAAAGCAAUAACCUUUUGCCUUUAACAAAGGAACAUUUCCAGACUCCUGUUAAACGCUUGGCAGAAAAUCUUUGUGAAAGUCUGAGUGUUCUGAGCACACCUUCUCGCACUCCAGUUUCCAAGCUGGACACCUCCUCUUCAGAAGAUAGUGGCUUUAACUCUUUGGGUCUAGAUAAAUCUGUAGAAUCCUUUGAAGACUCUUUCUUGGAAGGAGAACUGCCAUGGGCCUUCCGCAGCAGAGAGAAAAGGCUCUCACGACUGGAGCGCCAGCGCCGGCUGUCCACACUACAGGAGGGGGGUUCCCAGUCAGAGGAGGAUCGCAAAUCUCAUUGCUUGGAGGUACAAGGCUUCAAGGAAGAUGAAGAGGAGGUGUUCCUGAAGAACACUCUGCUAGGAGCUGCUAGAAUGAAGUUGCAAGACCUAUCUCUCACGCCUGCCCUUCAAAUGGUGCAUGCCAUGAGCCAACGUAGCACAUGCUUUCUGUCACAACACACCGGCCUUGAAGAGCUGCUUCAGUUGUCAGUCCAAGAUGGAUCAAUCAGGACUAGCCUACCCCUCUCAGGCCUCAUUGGCAGGAAGAUGGGACUGGGUAAACUGGAUAUCCUCAAUGAGCUCAGAAGGAGGAACCUCCGACAUAUUCUAGCCGUCAUCCUCAAGCUCCUGUCCCCUCAUGACAUUUAUACAUGUGGACAGGUGUCUGAUAUUUGGGAUGAUAUUAUCAUGCAAGAUAAGAAAGCAUCACACCGGAGAAAAUUGUAUGAGCGGGAGACUAGACUUGGACUUGAGAUGGGUAGUGCUGCCCAUGUUCCGGAUGCAGAGACUAGGCUGACUCUGGCAUGUCGAUCUGCUUUGAGCAGUGUCCAAGCACAGGCCAAAACCCCCAGAGCUUGCACACACACUCCUGCAGCUGAAAGCAUUUAUACGCCCUUGCUGCACGAGACACCUAUUUCGAACACCAAAUGCCAGGAGUUCCUACAGGUAGCCAAAACCCUGUUCAGUGAUGAGUGUUUGAAGCCAUGUCCACGCUGCCAGCACCCUGCUCGGUGCCAUGUUGUAAGGGGUGAGGGCAUUUGCAGCUGGGUUGACUGCCUCUUUCACUUCUGUAUGGCCUGCCUAUGUGCCUACCAUGGCUCCAGGGACUGUGCCCAUCUAUUGUCUAAGCGCAGGAAUAGGAAGGACAUUCUACCUGGCAGUGCUCAGAGCAAACGAAAUGUGAGGAGACUGUAAUGUUUAGUGUUUGAAGACAUAAUCAGAUAUCUUUUGACUUUUAAAUUAUGAUGAGUGCUGCCAUGACUUCAGAAAAUGCAGAUAUGAACUUGGCUCUCCUCAAAGGGUGUGUGUGUGUGUGUGUGUGUG